ACAGUAACUAUAGUAUUAUCUGAUACCUUAAAUGCUUUUUAUGACGUUUCAAUCAUUAACAUAAUAUAAAGAUAAGCGAUAGCGUAGGAAGUAAAAGGAGCUCGCAGGUCGGGUCGAGCCCGCAAAAGGCGAGCAUGUCGAGGACGAGCGUGACGGUGGGCAUCCUGGCGGCGCUGAGCACGCUGGUGGCGGCCGGCGACCGGUACCACCCGGACGGCGCGGCGGGCGCGGGGCGCGGCGCGGCGGCGCGCGCGGCCGCCGAGCGGGCCGGCGAGCGCACCGCGCAGUUCUGGCUGGACGACGCGCAGCAAGCCUUGCGCGCGCGGCUGGCGGCCGGCGCGGCGGGCGCGGGCGCGGGCAAGGCGCGCAACGUGGUGCUGUUCCUGGGCGACGGCAUGUCCGUGCCCACGCUGGCCGCCGCGCGCACACUGCUCGGCCAACGCAACAAUCAGACGGGAGAAGAAGCUCAAUUGUCUUUUGAAGCUUUUCCUACGGCCGGCUUAGCGAAGACGUACUGCGUGGACGCGCAGAUCGCGGACUCGGCGUGCACGGCGACGGCGUACCUGUGCGGCGUGAAGGCCAACCGCGGCACCAUCGGCGUGUCGGCUGCCGUGCCGCGCUGGGACUGCCCCGCCUCGCUGCAGCCCGGCACGCGGCUCAACUCCAUCGCCGCCUGGGCGCUCGCCGACGGCCGCGAUGCAGGCAUAGUGACGACGACGCGGGUUACGCACGCGUCGCCGGCGGGCGCGUUCGCGCGCGUCGCCAACCGGCACUGGGAGAACGACGCCGAGGUCCUGGCGGCCGGCGCCGACCUGGCCGCCUGCCGCGACAUCGCGCACCAGCUCGUGCACUCGCACCCCGGCAACCAGUUCAAAGUUAUUCUUGGUGGGGGUCGGCGCGAAUUCCUACCUAAUGAUACGAUCGAUGAAGAAGGCUCCCCGGGCCGCAGGACCGACAGGCGUAAUUUAAUUCAAGAAUGGCAAGACGACAAGCUCAGUCGCAAUGCAAGCUACCAGUACCUGUGGAACCGGAAGCAGCUGCUGGCCGCGAACGCCUCGCUGCCGGAGUACAUGCUGGGGCUAUUCGAAAGCACCCAUUUGCAAUACAACCUUCGCGCGAAUCACGAAACGGAACCCACUUUAGCCGAAUUGACCGAGGUGGCCAUUCGCAUGCUCAAACGUAACGAUAAGGGAUUUUUCCUUUUCGUAGAGGGUGGACGCAUAGAUCACGCUCAUCACGACAACUACGUGGAGCUCGCGUUGGACGAAACCAUUGAGCUGAGCGCGGCCGUGGCCAAGGCGGCCGAGCUGCUGCCGGAGGAGGACUCGCUGCUUGUGGUGACGGCCGACCACGCGCACGUGAUGGCGUUCAACGGCUACACGCAGCGCGGCGGCGACGUGCUCGGCCCCUCCGACGACCGCGACUCCGACCGCGUGCCCUACAUGACGCUCUCCUACACCAACGGCCCGGGCCACCGCCCCGAAGUUAACGGACGCCGAGUCGACGUCACUCUCGACGAAAAUUAUCGUGACAUUCGCUGGCGGACGCACGUGGACGUGCCGCUGAGCUCCGAGACGCACGGCGGCGACGACGUGGCGGUGUUCGCGCGCGGGCCGCACCACGCCGUGCUGUCGGGGCUGUAUGAGCAGAGCCACCUGCCGCACCGCAUGGCGUACGCCGCCUGCAUCGGGCCCGGCCUGCACGCCUGUACCAGCGCAGCUCCUCUGCUUGCGCCCGGCUUCUAUCUGUUGUCGCUUAUCAUUGUAGCUGUGACGAAUAUCAUAAAGUAUAUCGAAGCAGAUUACGCCACGGGUUACAAAGCGAUGCAGCAGAGUGGACUAGAGAUUAUUGGAAGGAAAAGGCGAACAUAGCCAUAGAGGAUCGUCUGCCGAACAGACGAGAGCACGGAGCCGAGCGAGCG